AUGAGUCAGCAAAAGAAAAUGUCCAUCCCAUCGGAUGCAGAGACAGAAGCUGAGAGACCUGGGGAAACAAAAACAGAUAUAUCUGGGGAGACAGAAGCAAAGAGACCUCGGGAGACAGAAGCUAAGAGACCUGGGGAGACAGAAGCAGAUGUGCCUGGGGAGACAGAAGCAGAUGUGCCUGGGGAGACAGAAGCUAAGAGACCUGGGGAAACAGAAGCAGAUAUGCCUGGGGAGACAGAAGCUAAGAGACCUGGGGAGACAGAAACUGAUAGGCCUGAGGUCGAGGAAAACCCUAACCCUGAUCCUUCUUCAACUGAAACUGAAGAGCCUCCAGAAGUUUUUGAUGCAAGCUAUGACAUUCCUUCAAGCCAAAUUAGUUAGGAAAAAAACCUUCCAGAUCAAUCAUUCUUGUGAACAUUUAUAUAUGUUGACGGUAUCAACAUUAUUUAAGCUUGUAAGGAAGAAA